AGUUUACGCGCUUCUUUCGCACGAUCAACAUCUAUAUUCUCCAAAGCGGAAGUUGAAUUUUAUUUCUUGAGAAUUAAUCAUAGGAAGUGUGCUUUUCAAUAACAAUGAAAUUUACAUAAAAAAAUUGCAAAUCUUUUAGCACAAAAAAAAGUGUAAUAGAUUUAGUGGGAAAAUUCUCCUAUUUAAUAUAAAAAUUUAGUUGAUAGCUGUGCUGGUAUCAGUGACAUGGAUAAAAGUGAUGAUGAUGUGAAAGAAAAGGAGUUCUUUUGUGUUUAGGAAGUGCCAUUUUAUUCUCUCACCAUCUCGUUGAUUUGUGUGAAAAACAAUGAAAAUGUGCAGAUGUUUGAAUCGUAAAGACCACAAGUGCUAAAAAGUUGGUGGUAUCAGGAAUCCUUUUGCCUGGCAUCAUUCACCUCAGUCAAGUGUAUUCAGAGGAGGGAAAAUGAUAAAGAGCAUAUCUUUUAUAUCCUUUCCUCUCCACCCAUCUUCAAGAUAAAAGGGCUAUGUUGGGUCAUCCUUCCAGAAGAGCAGGAUGCUUAUUUGACUUAUUAAAUUCAGAUUGUGGAAUAACAAAAAAGAAAUAUUCAAGAGUGGGCAGAGGAGGUCUCCUUCUUUUCAUUUGCGCCAGAAAAGGUAUCGAAAUAGAAGCAUCUUCCUGUGCCCAAUAACCCCAGGAGCGCCACUAAAAUGGUCAAUUGUCGCUAUGGUGUAAUUUAGAGACAGUAGUUGAUAUUGUUUCUGAACACUGAGGCCAGCAUUUGAGGCCUAAUGAUGCUUGAGUUAGUAACAGAUAUUCCAAGGAAUGAUAUAUUCAGCACAGUAUCAAAUAUCACUGACGAUGAUAGCCUCUUUGGUGUGUUUACUAACGAUACGGGAGCUCCAAAUACUACACAGGUUCCCUAUACACCAUACGAAAACCGACCUGAGACGUAUAUCGUCCCUAUCAUCUUUUUCCUGAUCUUUAUCAUUGGGACUAUCGGAAAUGGAACCCUCGUUGUGGUAUUUCUUAGACAUCGAGCAAUGAGAAAUGUUCCCAACACAUACAUACUAUCACUAGCUCUAGCUGAUCUACUGGUGAUUCUCACGACGGUCCCACUGACAUCUACAGUAUACGUCUUUGACUCAUGGUUUUGGGGCCAAGAACUGUGUACGAUAUCAGAAUUCGUAAAGGAUGUCUCCAUAGGUGUAUCAGUCUUUACACUCACAGCUCUCUCAGGGGAUAGGUUCUUUGCCAUAGUGGAUCCUCUUAGAAAAUUUCAUACUCACAGUGGAAGAGCAACGAAAUUAACAGUGUCCAUUGCCAUAUCAAUUUGGAUUUUAGCCAUUAUCUGUGGUAUUCCAGCUCUUGUAGGUUCUUACAUUCGGGUGGUGCAAGUGAACAAAGAAGUAUCCUUUGAGCUGUGCUACCCUUUUGGGCCGCCAGAAUGGGGCAAAACCUAUGCUCGCUACAUUGUAAUGGCCCGCUUUAUGAUCUUCUAUGCCAUUCCACUGCUCAUAAUUGCCAUAUUCUACGCCCUCAUUGCACGACAUCUAUUCUAUAGUGCUAGUAAUGUACCAGGAGAGAUGCAAGGCGCCUUGCGUCAGAUAAAAGCCCGACGAAAGGUGGCCAUCACAGUUCUCGCAUUUGUUGUAAUAUUUGGCCUGUGUUUCUUGCCUUCACACCUUUUCAUGAUAUGGUUCUACUAUUGCCCAACAGCUGAAGAAGAUUAUAAUGUAUACUGGCAUGUUCUACGUAUUGUCGGUUUUUGCUUAUCCUUCGCCAACAGCUGUGCAAAUCCUGUAGCACUGUACUGUGUCAGUGGAGCUUUUAGGAAGCACUUUACGAGAUACUUGCUUUGCCGCUUCCGGUCUAGCUCGCGGCGGAAGCGUGAUGGAUGCGCCGUUACGCACCGAGACACUUCUCUAACGAGCACGGUGUCGCGAAGAUAUACAUCAAGGAGACAAUGUAACCACCAGAGCACCAUGAGAAGCAAAAUCCUGGAAACAUCAGUGACCAUUCUUCCGAAUGGAGCAAGUAAUAAUAAAAAUGGAACCGAUUGAAUGUAAAUAGUGGAAAAAACUACUCCCAUAUGAAAUAUAUUUAUUGUUACACGAAAUAGAAAAAAUAUCUGAUAAAAUGCUCCUUCAGACGCCUUAGCAGAUUUUUUUUUUAAAUAGAUAGCUUUAUUUAGCAUUCCAUGAUAAAUUUCAAAUUUACAAUCAUUACAAGAAUUACAAGGAAAUGCGAAAAUAAAUAAAAUGAUAAUGGCUCCGGCACACCUUUUAGAUCAGGAAAAUUUCAUGAAGUCGAAAUUCGAAACCCUUUCUUUCUCACAUGUUUUGCAUAUGACUAUCUCAUUCUUUCGCAUACCAAAUUCGAUUGAGAUAAAUUGAAUUUCGAGUGAUGUUUAAGAGAAGAAGAAGAGUGCGAGAGAAUGUGAUAGACAUUAUGCAAAACAUGUGAGAAAGAAAGGGAUCCGAAUUUCGACUUCAUGAAAUUUUCUUGAUCUAAAAGGUGUGCCCGAGCCAUAACAAACAAAAUUGCCAAAAAUUCGACAGUAUUGAUUGUUUUUCCUCUACGUGAGGGCACUGUUUUGUCCUACUUGUGGCGCUGAAAACUGUUCUCAAUUUUUAGUUCUCAGAAUUAUGCAAGUUUGGCCAAAUUGGGUAAAAAUUCAGCAUGCAGAAUUUUCUAAUUGUUAAUUGUAUUAAUUUCUUUUUUGAGAGAAUUUUGCAAAUUUUCGCAGGAGUAUACUUUAUCUUAUUGUCCUGUAUAAGUCAUUAGCAAAACAAUAACAUUUCGAUUUAGCUGCUAAAAAGUUUCCCAGAAAAUUUACUUCUUAUUCCUUCCCAGAAAACAAUUAGGCCUAAUUGAUGAAUUGGUGUGUAAAAAAUAAAAAAAAAUAAAAACAAACAGCGAAGGUAUUUAUUCCCUACUUAAUUACCUUUCAUUCUCCUUUUCUAUGGGAAUUCCCAUCCUCGACAUCCUCAGCACAAUUACGUAAAUCGCUGUGGUAGAUAUGUAAACAAUGGUUGUUCUUGAAGUAAACUGAGCAGUCAGAUGAAUAUCCAAAUGAAGGGGUGUGAUGGCAAUAAAUAGUCCAUUUAUGGUAAAUAAUUAGGCUGAGAUUGUCAAGAAUGUAAAUGCAAAAUUCCAUGUAAUAAUGCUUUGGAAAUAAUUCUCGUAAAAUAUUUGAUAUAGAACAUAAAUCAACGAAAAUACAGAAACACUCUGCACCACUUCCUUUUUCUGUUCUCGAUGUACAUUUUAUACACUAGAAAGAGACACCUUUUUUUCUCUUACUUUUUAGCUGAUGAUUUUAAUAUUAGACAGAAUAUUUAUUUACAUUACUAAGUGUGAUAAAAAAAAAUCUAUCAUAAAUUUGUAUGUAUUUAUGUAGAAGCAAAAAGUGGUAAUAAAUUUUAGAAAUAAAU